GAAAGGAGGUAUGAAUGAAUGAUGUCCCCACACCCAAUAUCGAUUUCGAUUUCAAUUCCAAUUCAAUUUCCAUUUCCACUUCAGAGGGCAGCUUCUAAUUCCAUUCUAUGGAGUAUGGACUGAUGGUAUCUGCUGCUGCUCUUGCAAAUCGUCCUCUAUUGGUAGGAAUCGCAGGCCGAAAGGGAAACCAGAUCUUCUACGGAUAGUUAAGAAAUCGCACGCACAACAGGAAAGUGGGGCGGAUCUUCAAUUUCAACCCCACAAUCUCUACAGCGUCUCCAUUCUCUGCGAAAUUCCCGUGAUAAAAGAAGAGGGGAAAAAGAAGACUCCUCUGGAAAGCGAACUUUGGAGUUGAAGUGAAAGGGCUUUUCGGGCAUUGUUGUCUUGUUGCGAGGCUCGGCAUCUAGCGUGGUGUAGCAGGUAGCUACUUCAUGAAAAACUAGUUUUUUUGUUGGUCGGAAGGUCAGACUUGUUAUAUUCAUGAGCAUGGAUAAAGUAUCCCCAGAUUGUCCAUACCCUGGAUGCUUCUUUUGUGUGAUGAAGGAAGGAAACCCAAGCAAGCGGAGGGCAAGUUUGUUGAAGUUCUUUAGAGAACUUCCUUCACAGGAUGAUGAUGGCCAAGUCCUUCCUAUUAGUGGCCUUUGGAACACAGCCAUGGCACAUCCUAAUGACCCGGAAUUCAUUGAGUUGGGAAUUUUUGAAUGUAUGGCAGCUCUCAUCUGGAAAGGAUUGAAGAACAGACGGUGGCUGUCUCAUGACCAGAACAUUUAUAUUCCAUACUAUGCUGCACAUAUAAUCGGAUCCUACACUAUGAAUAUGGAAGAAUUUGCUGAAAUGGCAGUGCAUGCUGGGGUUAUCCCACCUCUGGCCGAACUUCUGAGAGGGAGGCUGACUUGGGUUGAACAGAGAGUGGCCGUGCGGGCUCUUGGUCAUUUAGCUACUUACGCUGCCACUUUUCCUGCUGUUGCCAACCAUGGAGAGAUAUUGGAGCUUUCGAUGCAGUUGGCAAUGAGUUCUCUGGAAAUUGUUUACACUCAUUUUUACCAGUAUGUAGACAGAAGGCUUAGUUAUCACUGUGACCUUCUCACACGCGGUAUGGGUGGUGUUGAAAUGGAGUCAAGGAAGGCUGAGGAGUGGGCUAGUCAGCUACAGUGCUGGUCUCUUCAGCUUAUCAAUUGCUUUGCUUUCAAACCUGAUUUCCUUUCUACUAUAUGCAAACCGGAGUUUCUAGUAAAGCUUCCUGCCAUGUGGGGAGGACUUGUUAAUGAAAAUUCACCUGCUGGUAUCGGGUUAUUGCGAACAAUUUGCCAUCAUAAGCAUGGGAGGGCUCCAGUUGCUAGCUGUCCAGGAAUUGUAGAUGCAUUGUGUAACAUAGCACGGUCAUCAGAUGAUUGGCAAUAUAUGGCAAUUGACUGCCUUCUGUGGUUGCUACAGGAUCCAAGUACCUGUCACAAGGUCUGCGACAAGGUAGUGCCAACAUUGAUUGACCUUGCAGAAAUAACCACUUUAGGGGAUCAUAAGAAACUUGGCGAUUCAAUUGUCAAUGUUCUCGAGGAAUGCAUUCAAUCCCCCGGAACAGGCCGCAACUCAAUGAGCAGCAGGGUAAAAGAGGAGAUCGAAGAACUCCUUGCUUCUAAACAGCGGCUAAAAUGGGAGAAAACCAUGCCGAAAGAGGAUCUUCACAUCAAGCACGCAGCUGCUUUAGUGGUUAAACUCGAAGGAAAUUCUCUGUUCUCUUCUGGAGAUAUCUCCGGUGCCGCAUCAAAGUAUUCGGAAGCAUUGGCAUUGUGCCCCAUGAGGUCUAAAAAAGAAAGGGUAGUUUUGUACAGCAACCGAGCUCAAUGCCAUCUUCUACUGCAACAACCCCUUGCUGCUAUACGGGAUGCUACACGUGCGCUCUGCCUUCAUAACCCCGUGAACCGUCACGCCAGAAGCCUAUGGAGACGAGCACAAGCCUACGACAUGCUUGGAUUCGCCAAGGAGAGCCUGUUGGAUGCUAUUUUGUUCAUAAACGAAUUCUCCCAGUCAACAGAUCCUGAUCUUUCCCUGAGGCAGAACAAGGUUCCCGACUAUGCCGAGCGCCUAGUUAAGAAGCAGAUGCGUGCCGCUUGGUUAUUUAGAGAGGCAGCUAUUAAACAUGGAGGCAUCCAGUGCGAAGGUGAUGCCGGAGAUAUUUGCGGCCAGGAGAGUGAUGACUCUGAAUGGGAAACAGCCAGCGAAAGUGAUAUUGGAGGAAAUGAUGGGAAGGAUGAGUUGGGCGAUGAUGACUUCGAACGGAAGGGUAGGAACAGUAAAGCUUCGGCAAAAGAUAGCAAGCAUGGGUACAAUCUGGAGCUCACUGAGGACGAGGCGUGAUUUGCAAACAUGGCUUACGGGGAAGACGGGAAGUCGAAUUAUGCAGGAAGUCUUGCAUAAGGAUCAUGGCAUCAAACAAUUGUUGCUCUUAUCUUUAUGGGGAUGAACACCUUUUUGGCAGUGUUUAUUUAAAGUUAUGCUUAAGUGCUUGUGCAUUUCGGUGAGUGUUAUAUUUAUGGUGAAGGAAGGAACUACGAUUGUAUUGUCAUAUGUUGAGUGUGUAACUGUAAUUGAAAUUGUACCUGUAGUUGAUUGCUUCUAUUUAUUGUUUCGUGCAA